UUUUGUCAGAGCGCAGUGAUUAGCCGGGGAGUUGUCGUCAUCAGCAGCACCCUUGAUUUUUUCCUCUUUCUAAAUGGAUGGGGCUGUCCUGGUUAUUGCCCAGUUCAAGAGAGGCCAAAGGAUUGGAACAACUUUGAAUACCCGUCAGUUUGGCGUUCUCCAGUGACGUGCAGAAUGCUUCGCUCUAACUUUGUAUGUACAGAAAAAUAAACCUUUCCGAUGAAGAAAGGAACCAGGAGAAACACGCACCACAGUCUACAAUAAAAAAGAAAACUUCUCAAGCUGGUUUGAGGGGACUGCUUCAAAUUUCUUUCUAGGCAUCGCUAUGGAUUAUAUUUAUUUUCUGGUGUACUGCACAAUCAGUGUAUUAUUUUUGGACUACAGACACGCUGCAUACGCUCAUGCCAAUCUCUCUGGAAAGUUAAGUGAAUACGGGCUCAUCGUACCGUUCAGCACGGACUCUCAAGGCCGGUAUAUCUCUCACGUGGUGUCGGUCACAGCUGGAAGUAAAAUUGGCGUUUCGUCCGCUGGAAAACGGCGCGUCUCCCGCAGCGCCCCGAGUUCCACGUUCACCUCGAAUAGUCAACAGUUGUUUUUCAACGUCACUGUCUUUGGUAAGGAGUUGCACUUGCGCCUCAGCGCCAACAGAAGGCUUGUUGCUCCAGGUGCCUUUGUGGAAUGGCAAGAGGACUUCGAGGAAAAGGCCAAGGAGCGUAUUCAUGGCAACUGUGUUUUUACCGGGGAUGUUACCGAUAUGCCGGAUGCCUCGGUGGCAAUUAGUAACUGUGAUGGACUGGCAGGCCUCAUUCGCACUGAUAAUGAGGAGUUCUUCAUCGAGCCCCUGGAGAAGGGCCAGCAGGAGGUGGAGAUAAAAGGCCGCGUCCACGUGGUGUACCGCAGGUCCGCCAUCAAGAAAGAGCCCAGCCAACGCAAGGAGGACCUCCACAACGAAGUGGCUGCGUUUGCCACUGCCGAGCUGCCCAACGCCCUGGACGCGGUGGAGCAGAAGCUGAGCGAGUCCGAGCGCAAGCGGCGACACGCCAAGAAGGACGACUACAACAUCGAGGUCCUGCUGGCUGUGGACGACUCCGUGGUGCGCUUCCAUGGGAAAGAGCACGUCCAGAACUACGUCUUAACCCUCAUGAACAUUGUAGAUGAAAUUUACCAUGAUGAAUCCCUGGGAACCAACAUCAAUGUGGUCCUCGUACGAAUCAUAAUGGUUGGCUACAGACAGUCCAUCAGUCUGAUCGAGCGCGGGAACCCGUCUCGGAGCCUUGAGCAGGUAUGCCGCUGGGCCAACACCCAGCAGCGUCUGGACCCUAACCACGCCGAGUACCACGACCAUGCCAUCUUCCUGACCAGGCAAGAUUUUGGUCCCGCAGGUAUGCAAGGUUACGCCCCAGUGACGGGCAUGUGCCACCCACUGAGGAGCUGCACGCUCAACCACGAGGACGGCUUCUCCUCUGCGUUCGUGGUGGCUCAUGAGACUGGACAUGUGUUGGGGAUGGAACAUGAUGGCCAGGGAAACCGCUGUGCAGAUGAGACCAGUAUGGGCAGCAUUAUGGCACCGCUGGUGCAGGCUGCCUUUCACCGCUACCACUGGUCACGCUGCAGCAAACAGGAACUCAACCGAUACAUCCACUCCUAUGACUGCUUGCUGGACGACCCCUUUGAGCACAAGUGGCCCAAGCUUCCGGAGCUUCCGGGGAUCAACUACUCCAUGGACGAACAGUGUCGCUUUGAUUUUGGGGUCGGGUACAAGAUGUGCACCGCAUUCCGUACCUAUGACCCAUGCAAACAGCUGUGGUGCAGUCACCCUGACAAUCAGUACUUCUGCAAGACCAAGAAGGGACCCCCUGUGGAUGGCACAGAAUGUGCUCCCGGGAAGUGGUGCUUCAAGGGCCACUGUAUCUGGAGGUCAUCCCAAGAGCCCUUUGGUCAUGAUGGAGGCUGGAGCUCCUGGAACAAGUUCGGGUCGUGCUCGCGCACCUGUGGUGGAGGGGUGCGCUCCCGCAACAGACAGUGCAACAAUCCUCCUCCUGCAUACGGUGGCCGUGACUGCCCAGGCUCAUCCUUCGACUACCAGAUGUGCAACACGGAGGAUUGCCCGGGCCCCUACGAGGACUUCCGGGCCCAGCAGUGCAUCCAGCGCAGCAACAAAUACCACAACAACGUCAAGCACACCUGGCUGCCUUACGAGCAUCCGGAUGAGGCCCAUAAGUGUGAGCUGAGCUGUCGAUCUAAGGAGACGGGUGAGGCGGUGUUCAUGAACCAGGUGAUGCAUGAUGGAACGCGCUGCAGCUACACCGACGCCUUCAGCAUCUGCGCCCGUGGGGAGUGUUUGAACGUGGGCUGUGACAAAGAGGUGGGCUCCUACAAACAGGAAGACAAGUGUGGCGUGUGCGGCGGGGACAACUCUCACUGUCGUACCGUCAAGCUAACGCUGACCAAAACCCCCAAGAAAACAGGUAUGCUGAAAGUGUUUGACAUCCCAGUGGGGGCGCGCCACAUCCUGAUCGAAGAGAACGAGACUUCCCCACACAUAAUUGCUGUAAAGAAUCAGGUGACGGGCAACUUCAUUCUGAACUCAAAGGGUGAGGAGGUUAAGUCCAAAACAUUCAUCGAGGAUGGACUCGAGUGGGAGUAUUCAGUUGGAACCGGCAAGGAGGCCUUGAAAACCAUCGGCCCCCUCCAUGAAGGCAUCGUCGUGCUUGUGGUACCGCAGCAGGAGGAGGCUAAAAUUAGCUUGACCUACACGUACAUCAUCCACGAGGACCUGGUGCCCGUCAUCACCAACAAUAAUGUGCUGCUGGCCGAACUGGACACCUAUGAAUGGGCACUGAAGAGCUGGUCACAGUGCUCCAAACCCUGUGGAGGAGGUGUCCAGUACACUAAGUAUGGCUGCAGGAGGAAGAGUGACAGCCGCCUGGUGCACCGCAACUUCUGCGAGCUGGGGAAGAAGCCCAAGCCUAUACGGAAGCGCUGCAAUGUUCAGGACUGCUCGCAGCCUAAGUGGGUGAUUGAGGAGUGGGGCCAGUGCAGUAAGACGUGUGGGAAGCUGGGUUACCAGUCUCGGGUGGUGACGUGCACGCAGGCCCUGAACAACGGCACCAGCCGCAGCGUCCACACCAAGUACUGCACAGAGGAGCGGCCCGAGUCACGCCGCGCCUGCAACAUCUCCGCCUGCCCCGCCCCGUGGAGGACCGGUGCCUGGUCACAGUGCUCGGUAACCUGUGGUGAGGGCAUCCAGCAAAGGCAGGUUGUUUGCCGCGCCACGGACAACAGCAGUGGACAGUGUGAGGGGGACAAGCCAGAAACCGUCCUCAUCUGCAAACUAGCCCCAUGUCCAGGUCAGCCUUCACUUCCCUCACCCACAGCUUCUACAGUGGAGAAUGGGACCACGAGUGACUCAGAUGCUGAGACUGAAAACCCCAUCAACAAAAUCUCCAACGAACCGUGCUUGGGCGACAAGUCCAUAUUCUGCCAGAUGGAAGUGCUAGCACGCUACUGCUCCAUCCCCGGCUACAACAAGCUGUGCUGCGAGUCCUGCAGCAAGAAGGUGAACGGCGCUGCCGACACCACCACUGCAGCGCCCAACCUGGACACCGCCAUCCCGGAUCCACGGCACGCCACGAGCGCCCCCACCCAUUCCAGCACCAUUGUCCCCACCCCGGACGCCACCACCGCCCUGGUCUUCAGCUCCACGGCGGCCCCGGCGCGGACCACCAAGGCCACUGCGAGGAGACCGCGUGCCACGGUACAAGGCCAGACCCCGCCACCUCCCAGCCCACAGAUGGCAUCCGUCGCCCCCAGUGAAGACGUUACUCCUCCUCCCUCUCCCCUGGAGCUCCCCACCAGUCAAAGCAAGGCCCAAGCCCAGGCCCAUGGCCCCAGCUCUGGGCCCCCUCUACCUCUGGACCCCAGUGGACUCCAAAUCCAGUCCACCCCCCAUCCCAGUGGAGAGGAUGGCAACAGCACUUUAGGCACCCAGGAGGCCAGCGGGAGGUCAAGAAGAGACAGUGUGGGAUCGGAGAGGCCCCUGACCCAAAGGACCUUGCCAGUGGAGACCUGAGCAGCUGCUUCUUUCAAUAGUCAUUGUUUGUUUUGUUGUUUGUUUGAUUUGAUUUGUUUUGUUUGUUUGUUUGUUUGUUCGUCGGCUCACAGUUUCUCCUUGGUUCCCGGUGAACACACUUACUGGUCAUCUCAUUUGUACCAGUGGACAUAGACCCGUAAUGGUUACCUCAGUUCCUAUACACACGCAUACACACACACGCAUACACACACACACACACACACACACACACACACACACACUCAUACUCACAACCACUCAGAGAUCAAUAUUCGAUGUCAAUAUUCAAAUACACCUUUCAUACAUACACACACACACCACACACACACCACACACACACACACACACCUGCACCCUAAACCACAGCAGGGAAAUCUCUAUGCAUCUGCACAGCAUUGACCUGCCUUUCUGCAACAACAAAAAAUACAUGGAAGUAGACAGGAAGAAAAAAGAUUUGAAAAUGGUGCUGUAAAACUAAAACAACUCUUGACAUUAAAAAAAAAGAAACAACAAAAAACAACAAAAAAAAAACAAAGUGCAGCGACUGCAUCAUGACCGCUUCCAUGCUUCCGUGUGUUGUUGUCCGCCUGUUCAACUGGUACCUUCCUAAGUGCUUCAGAACUACUAAUUUUGCUUUACUUUGUGAACAUGUUGGUGACCCCCAGACCCAUGUGUGUUGGGGAACCACUGCCCAUGUGCGUCAUCUCUCUUUGGUGCUGUUUAAGUGUGACAAGCUAUCCACUCUCUUCAGUGAGAUGGUCCUCACAAAGCCCUAAGUCCUCACAAUCCCAUUGUGUGUAUCUAUUUGUGUGUGUGUGUGUGUGUGUGUGCGCACCCAAUAAGCACACACUAUGUUACAAGUGCAUGCACAUUGCUUUUGUGGAACUCACAUAUGCUUUAAAUGAAAACAGAAAAAAAAGAAAAAGAAAAAAAAUCUGAUAUUUUUUUAAACUGAUAUAUUUUUCAAGCAAAUAUUGUAUAUAGUGUAAAUUUCAAGUAGUGGAUAUGAAAUUAACAUCCAGCUGUGUAAUGUAAAGUAUAUUUGCAAACGGGAAAUACAGAAGACGCUGAGAAGUGUUGUGGAAUGUGCUCACUCCCAGUGUCAUGGCGUUAACUGUGGCAUUAUUUCAUCCCUCUUCGUGCAGUUUAACCAUCUAUGUGUAUUGUAUAGUUCUUGUAUAUAUACAUGAGAGCUUUAAGUGUUAAUAUUUAUUUGUUUUUUAAAGGUAGGAAGAUACAUGCUAAAAAAAAAAAAAUUCAUGUUGAGAACUAAAAAGAAAAGAUUUCAAACUCCAAAUGCAGACAUAACUGUUUGUGAAGCCAGGAGCUGCAGAAUGUCUGGUUCUCAAUGUUCCACUCCAUCUCGUGUUCUCGGACUUAAUACAGACGUAGUUCUCAUUAGGGUCCGAGUCACGCCGGUCCUUAAUGAAUCAAUAUUAUCAGUAUUCGCCCCCUUUCGUUGAAUUUACGAUGCUCUUGCAAUUUGUGAUUUGAAACACUUUUAAUUAUGCUCCACAUCCCUCAUUACAGGCAUACUCAGUCUAUGCAAGGAUGCUCUCAUGGAGAUGGCUCAUAGUGAAACACUGGCCAGUCAAUGUCAUCUCACCAACUCCCGCAUACUGUCUGGGGACUCAGCGGCACAUGCUGUGAACGAGUGCUAAUGUUGUGCUAACUGAAAGCUGCACGCCUUACGAAAACCUGCAAAAAUAUAUAUAUAUAUGAAGUUCAAAAAUCGUGUUGUAUUUGUAGCGACAGUUUACUAAAGAGAGACUUGCACACAGGCGUUGUGUGAGGUAUCUUUUACAGAGGGCAUUGUUGAACUGAGUUGAACUUGACGAUGAGAGUUUUGUGUGUGAGGCUUUGUGUAUAUUGAUAGCUAUUAGGCUUCUGAUUGAGAUGUUGUGUCCGUUCCUUGGCAAGUUGAGAAUGAUCUUUUGUCACGGUAAUUCCAACACUUCAAAACAUGCACUAGCAUUCUGUGAAAACGUUUUUUUUUUUUAAAGUUGUUCCUGUGUAAGAAGGCUCAGACACAGCCGUGCAUUUUCAGUCCUGGCACAAGUGAAUUUAACAUGCAAAUGUUUUCAAAACCAUGAUAAAUGUUGAAAAAAAAAGAUUAAAGUUAUGUUUAUGAACUUAAA